AUGGCGCGGUGGUUGUCAUUCUUUGCGGAAUACAACUUUACGGUCGAGUACAAACCAGGACGACUUAAUGUCGUCGCUGAUGCACUCUCACGUCGUCCCGACUUUGAAACAGUCGCGAAACCCAACAGUGAGACAGUCACUGUUGCGGUUAUGACGUCCUCAGUCCCAUCUACAACGUUGUAUGAUGAUGUGAGGCGGGCAUACGCCCAAGAUGGUGAGAUUGUGAAGUUGUUGACACAUUUCUCCCAACCAUCUCGAGAAUCGUUGAAACGAUUGUCGCCUGCGUAUCGAUCUGCACCAGACCGAUACACUACUCGCAACGGGUUACUGUACUAUACAGCCGUUUCUGGUGACACACCACGUGUUGUCAUUCCAGAUGAUACUGAUCUGCGUUUGCGGAUCAUGUUCGAGUAUCACGAUGCUCCUGUAGGAGGACAUCGUGGCCGGGAGAAAACAUAUCUCACGGUGAGUCGAGACGUUUACUGGCCCCGCCAGUAUCAGUUUGUGCGCAACCUCUACCGGUUCCGGCUGAGUGCUGGGAAUCCAUCUCAAUGGAUUUUGUCUUCGGGUUACCCAAAGACGCACGCGGGAAUACCGGUAUUCUCGUAUUUGUUGACAGAUUCAGCAAAAUGGUACACCUUGUGGCUGUACCAGAGUCAAUCACGGCAAGUGGCUGUACUUGUGUCUUUAUUGACACCAUCUUCCGACUUCAUGGGUUGCCCCGUGAACUCGUAUCAGACAGAGAUCCACGAUUCACUGCUGAUUUCUGGCGUUCCGUGUUCAAAUGACUCGGAACGCGCUUGA